UUAAUUCACAUUUAAUAGAUAACAUAUUUAAUAAUUUCGAAAUAAUUUGUUAUGUAACCUUGUUUAAAAUGCCUGUUGAUCUACACAGAUUGAUUCAGGGAUGGCUAGAAUUAGAAAGUGAUCCCGGGUUGUUUACAUUAUUGCUAGAAGACUUUGGUGUGAAAGGCGUUCAGUUAGAAGAAAUCUAUGACCUUCAAAAGCCUUUUCUAGAUAGCCCCGUUUAUGGAUUUAUAUUUUUGUUUCGAUGGAUUGAAGAACGCCGUAGUCGGAGAAAAAUAGUAGAUCAAACUGACAUUUUUGUUAAAGAUAAUGAUGCCAUAAAUAGUAUAUUUUUUGCUCAGCAAAUGAUUCCAAAUAGCUGUGCUACUCACGCCUUGUUAUCAGUAUUGCUCAACUGUCCAGGAAUUCAUCUUGGAGAAACAUUGGGAAGGCUAAAAGAACAUACACGAGAUAUGGAUCCUGAAAAUAAAGGAUGGGCUAUUGGUAAUACUCCAGAAUUAGCACGUGCUCACAACUCACAUGCUAUGCCAAAAAGUAGACCCCGAAUGGACAAAACACCUGGUCUAACAACAGGUCGAUUUACUGGUGAAGCAUAUCAUUUUGUCAGUUAUGUACCAAUUAAUGGUCAUUUAUAUGAGUUGGAUGGUCUUAAACCAUAUCCAAUGGAUCAUGGUCCUUGGGCAGAAGAAGAAGAGUGGACUGAAAAGUUCAGAAGAGUUAUAAGUGACAGAAUAGGUGUAUCAGCUGAGUAUAGUGAUAUAAGAUUUAACUUAAUGGCUGUAGUCCCAGAUAAAAGAAUAGGUAUUACCCAUAAGUUAAAUAUGUUAAAGACAAACAGACAAAUUGUUUUAGAAGCACUACAACAACUUGUAUUGGUGGAUGAUUAUGUAAAAAAAAGAAAAAGUAGUGAUAAUGAGUUAUCAUCUAAUAAAUGUAUAAAAAAAGAUUUGUCUCCAGUUCCUGGUACCUCAAAAGAUUUCAACGAUGAAAAAACAUGCCCAGAAUCAGGAAAUAUUGUAGUUAUUCACGUGAAAUCAUCAGAUUAUAAUUACGAAGGAAAUGAAAAUCAAAAAGAAUUAAAAAGUGUGUGCUUAGAAGCAGGUGCUAUGCCAAAAGGAUGGGAAACUACUUCUGGGCAUUGCAUGGAUAAAGAAUUACAGAAUAAUGAAACCUCAGAAAAUGGAAUGAAAUCAAAUCAUACAUUUACUCCAAAAGAUUUACUAGCUUUAGUUAAAAACUUAGAACUAGAAAUAAAUAUGAGUGAAGGGAUAUUACGAGAAGAAAAUGAAAAACGUAACAAAUAUAAGAUUGAUGAUUGUAGACGUACGCAUAAUUAUGAUCAAUUUAUUUGUACAUUUUUAACUAUGCUAGCCCAGAAAGGUAUACUGGCUGAUUUAGUUCAACAACAUAUGGGAACACAAAAAAAAAAUACAAAUGCUCAAUUAUUGUCAGUGCAAUCACAAUCAAUUAAUCAAGCUCAAAUUAAGUCUAAAACAAAUAAAACAAGUUCUAAAAAUAGUACUAAUACUACAACUUCUACUACGUCAACUAGACUAAGAAAUAAACGUAAAACUAGUACUAAAAAAGGACGUAAAUCAUGAAAGGUUUAAAUUGUAUUUAUUAAUUUAAAGUAUGAAUUAUAUUUAUAUUUCAUUUCA